ACAGCUCGUAUGGUGUUGACUCUUGGAUCAUUCAAUCUGAGUUUCUGGACAAGUUGCUCACUGAUACGAUGAACACAGAUGGAAGCUAUGGCUGGGUGGUUGUUUGGGCCACAUUUGCGGCCACCCUUCUCGAAUUUGGCACAUUCAAGAGUUUCAGCAUAUUUCUGACCCCUGUUCACGAAUCGUUGGACUGCCCAGUAACCGUCGUUGGUACAGUCUUCGCCAUGGUACAAACCAUUUGCUACCUAAUGGUGCCAUUGACCGGUAAAGCAACCACUUACUACGGUUGCCGUUGCUUCGUCGUGGCCGGUGGCGCCUUCAAUUUUGCUGGGCUCUUGGUCAGCUCUGUUUCUACAUCUAUUGGACCAUUUGCCGUUGGUAUGACGCUGUUAGGCAUUGGCUUUGGAUUGUCCUACACACCGUUAGUCAUCACUGUAUUUAUGUAUUUCCCAACGAGGUUCGCCUUAGCCAAUGGCGUUUUAACUUCUGGAGCGGCGAUUGGUAUGAUGGUUAUACCCCCUCUAGCGGAGUUACUGAUCGCUACAUACGGAUGGCCCUGGGCGAUGGCCCUUCUUGCUGCAGUCAAUUUCAACGUGUGUGCUUGUGGAGCUUUGGUGAGACCGCCCUCAGCGAUAUACAGAAAGCUUAGAGGUGUUCAAGACGAUGAGGACCCAUCUGGUGUUUCAAAUACGACACAGCUGACAUUUCGUGACCGUGUUUUCGCAUUCCUGAAAGAUAUCCCUGAGAAACUCUCUCUGGAUAUCGUGGUGUUGGCGCCAAUGUACAACAUUUAUUUGCUUCUGUGGUUUCUGAACGGCUUAGUGUACAGCGCUUGGCUGAUCUACCUGAUUCCACACGCCAUCUCGCGAGGAAUCGAUAGUAGCUGGGCUGGUUUCUUGGCGACAGCGGGCGGUAUAGGCAACCUGGUGGUUAGAGUGGUUCACGGCCCGGCUAUUGAUAGAGGCUACAUAACUGCCGUCAGGUUGUUCAUUCUGCUGACAGUGAUGAACGCAAUAGCUUUCUAUGUGGAUCUGGUUUCGUAUGAUUUCUACUCUGUGCUUGCGAUUCUGGCCUUAAUAAACGGGGCUGGACUUGGGACUAUCGGUAUAAUCUUAAUGCCGGUAGCCCAGGAAGUCUUGUCUGAAGCAGACCUUUCCUUGAAGGGAUAUAUGCUAUCUCUGCCGUUCUUCGCUCUUGGAGAGACAUGUGGCGGUGCGAUCGCAGGUGUGUUUUACGAAGUCACCGGGAAUUAUGAUACGGCUUUCUUCUUCCUGGGAGUCAUUUCGACGUGUAUCGUCGUCGUCCUCAUCACAGAACGAACCUUUGCAUCCUGGUCAAAACGAGGGCGCUAGACACCGUCGUCAGUGAUGAACAUUUUUUAGCUUGUAAAAACUUCUAGUUCUUUGCAUUUUAUGCCUAAAUAUAUUCCUGACAGUGUUUGAAGUCCUGUGUACAGGAUGAAAAAUGACUACUAUUACAUAAUUGCCAUUUUCUCAUACAGGAACCAAAAGUGAUAUUUUUAUGAUAUAAUUCCAGUAUUUGAAAGCAAAAGCUCUCAGCUUUAGUCUGUAAAUCUGCCGAUCUUAGGAGCAAUAGACAAAGUCAACUUUUGUUACUACUUACUAACUAACUAACUAACUAACUAUAACUACCGAACUAAAUAACAAACUAAGUAACUAACUAAGUAACCAUUAACGGACUAACGGAGAGACGCGAUGAUUUGUUGAGCUGCUACCCGCAACUAAAAAUGAAACAUAGACCUCUUUUACUUUAUUUUAUAUGACAAAAGUGAAUUUUGAUAAGCAACCUUUCAACGUCUAUGUAACGAUUGACGGCAUAUUUGCUUUGAAUAAACAAAGGGUUCUUGAGUUGGAAAACUGUAACUGUCUCCGGCGUGGAUUUGGCUUGGAUCGAUUUAGGCUCAACAUGGUGCCAAAAUGAAAUUCGAUUGCGAUAUCAAAUACUAGAGUGGUGUUUCUCAGAGUUGAAAGGAAUUACGAGAUGCGAUGAGUUGUGUCGUUAGCACAGUAACACUGAGAAUCCUUUAUUGAGCCUGUCAGGUCAUGAUGAGGGCAGUUUAGGUCUACGGGUCUCAAUGCUUUGUUCGUCUUGGGGUGUAGGGAAUUAUAAGAGGGUCAUUCGUGGUCACUGAAGGCUGAGAGCUACUGACAACACCACGUGAUUUCUUGGAUACUCUCCUCCUUGCCCGAGAUGAAGACGGCACCGGUCUCAGGGAGCAGGAGAUCAUAGAUGAAGUCAACACUUUCCGCUACG